UGAUGCUGCGUUCACAAUCACAAAUUCCCCAAAUCCCAAACGUCUCGACUAAUAGUAAACGUGUUAUAGCCGUGUUUUUAAGUAAUUAUUUUUAAUUUUCCUCUAGAACGGCCACCUUCUUUAAUUUACGACAAACUCUUGAGUAAAUGCUAACAUUCUACUAAGGCUGAUUUGCAGCUGUUUACAAAGAAAUUCCCGUUCUCUCAGUUCCCGUAGAAAAAAUAGGAUUUUAACUGAAGAUGGCCUCUCGAGGGAAAUCAGAAACUGGAAAAUUGAGGCAAAAUAUGGAGGAACAACUUGACAGACUAAUGCAGCAGCUUCAGGACCUGGAGGAAUGCAGAGAAGAUCUGGAUGAGGAAGAGUACGAAGAGACAAAGAAGGAAACUUUGGAGCAGCUGGGUGAAUUCAACGACUCCUUAAAGAAAAUAAUGUCAGGAGAUAUGACACUUGUGGAUGAACUCAGUGGGAUGCAACUGGUAUGGACAAUUAAUGUGCUACUACUGUGUAUUAGGAGUGCCGGUGUGUGGCAUACUGUGCAGAUGGACCGCGAUGUGAUGGUGGGAAAACUGUCACGGGACGUGUACACGCAGCAGAAAAUGGAAAUCCUCACUGCCUUGAGAAAACUGGGGGAGAAGCUCACCCCAGAAGACGAGACAUUCCUCACUGAAAACGCCACAGCGACCUUGAGCCAGUUUGAAAAAGUGACUGCAAACCAAGGGUCCGAAGACAAAAUAAUGGCUUUAGCUAGCUCUGGUGUGAAAACAAAGUCAUAGCAGUUCUGCAAAAAAAAAGUGUGUUUUUAAUGAAGACAAAAAUGUGCCAUCCAAUUAUGGAUUUUCUAAACAAUCAGUGCGCUUUUAAGUGCUACUGCAGACGCUGACACUUUUAACAGUAUUGUUUUAUAUGUACACGUCAAUCUUUGUAAAUGUCUUUUAAUCAUCCAGAUAAAGCGUAAAAAUGUAUUUUAGGUACGAGCGUGUGAUUUGCUAAAAGGUGCGUGAAUGUAGAGGACGGCGCAGACAGUUUGUUAUUAUGAUCUUGUGGUUUGUGCAGUGAUUCUUUAUUCCAAUAUUUCAAUAUUCAACAGUGCUGUUUUUAGGAUGUUUUCCUUCAGGGUGUAUUUUUAUUUCAGCUAAAACUGUGCCGUCUGCGGGACUCUGAAUAAAAUAAUAGAAACACUGCAUGUGCCAGGACUACAGCGCUUCAGAUGAUCGGAUCUGCCUCGAUUAAUAUGUACACUAUAACCAAUUUACAGUUGCAUUUAUAGAUGAAUACAUUUGUAAACCACUUGUGUGCAGGUGAGAUGUAGAGUCUGAUGAUAUCUUCAGUAAAACUCGACGAGUCUUUCACCAGUUUAGUUGAAAUGUGCCGAGUCUGCAGGGUGGAUUAGAGCAGCCGUCGUCCAACAAUAUGAGAAUCAUAAAGUUUUAUUAAUCGUGUGGGUCUUCGGUCUGUUCAUGGAGAAAAUACAGAGAUUUUACAGGAUGAAGUAAUGAAUUGAGACGCUUUACCACUAUUCAGUGUCACUUGGGUGUUUCCAUUAUUUUAAUGAGUCCUCUAUGCAUUUAUUAUCAUGCAACUCAAACUGAUGACUGUAGCUUCAUGUUGACAGUGAUGAAGUUUGAUGCGAGUUUAAAAACUAUCAGAGUCUGUGUAGAAGUGAAUGUCACAAUGUUUACAGCAUUAAUCUUGAUAUUCUUGCUACUUUUAAUGUGAGUAAAAAGAAAACUAACAA